AUGUCGCAACAACUUGAGGCGCGGCAACGUUCGUACGUGCAUUAUUAUUGUCCCUGUCCUGACGUGUCCAAAUCAACUACUACGGAGGAAGAAGAAGAGGACAUUGUAGAGUCUAUUCCGGACUUUGACAUUAAUUCUCCUCGCAUUCAUUUUUCUACUUUUCCUAUAUCAAAACUAUAUUUUUGUGAUGAUUGCUAUCAAAUACGUUGUCCAAGAUGUGUACAAGAGGAAAUAGUUUGUUACUAUUGUCCAAACUGUUUGUUUGAGGUGCCAACUGCUAGUGUCAAAAGUGAAAGAAAUAGAUGCGCGCGAAAUUGUUUUCAAUGUCCUAUAUGUCAAAAUACACUUUCGGUUGUAGCUUCUACUGAGCCCCCACCUCCGCAAACCUCUCAUCCUUCUAACCCCCCCUCAGCGCCAGCAAGCGGUGCUCCUUAUUACCUUUCAUGUGGUGUCUGUCGUUGGGACUCUCAAGAAAUAGGGAUGACAUUUGAAAAGGCAACUGGAUUAGCAUUACAACUUCAAAAAACUGAGGACGAAAGACCUGAUGUAAAAGAAUUCGAUCAUCUUAAAGAUCAUUUUGAGAAGCAUUUACGUCUCAGUGCUCCAUCUACUACACUUCCAACCUCAUUGUUGUCAAUUCCAGGCAUAAGCAGUUUCAGCAAUCGAUAUGGUGGUAGUGGAUUAGCUCAUCCACAACAAAAGUCUGAUGAUGUUGCAAAAUAUGAUGCCAUGGUAAAAGUUGAGAAUGAUGAUAGUUUGGUUCAUGAUCUAGUUCAAUUGAAAGAUGUCAAUCAGAUUACCACAUUGACACAGAGAAUGAAUCAACUUAGUGACCAACCAUAUAAAGUGGAGCGACUUCAGCCUCAACGUAUACAUCUUCGAACAAAACGUGUAAAACGAUGUCGCUCGUGUCGUCAUAUUCUUAUCAAACCUGAGCAAAAAGCUCAAGCCACCCGAUUUAAAAUUAAACUUGUUGCCCUAAAUAGUAUUCCGAAGAUUACUAUAACAAGCUUGCCAAAACUUAUUCUCAACCAACACACAGAAAUCGUGCUAAAGUUUUCUAACCCUUUAUAUGAAGAAAUCAUAGUUGAUUUGGCUUUGAAAGAUGAAACUACUGAAUAUGCCAAGAUUACAUUACCUGCCCCACAUUUCAACAUAACUCCUUACAACGAAGUUUGGGAAUAUGAACAGGACUUUAUUGCUUCAAAAGGUCGUCCACUUUCAAUUACAAGUACACCAACAGCUGAUGCUGCUUCUGGGACUUCUGGGGAUGCACCAGCUGGCGACUCAUCAACUGCUACAGAGGCAGCGUCAUCUGAUAAACAGAAUACUGAUAAGGAUGAAACUACUUCAUCUAUACCAACUACAAAAAGUUUAUCUUUUUGGACCGUUAUUGGACUGGGACCUGUGAUUCCUGAUGAUCAAAAUGAAGACCGGGAAUCUUUCAUGGGAAGCUUCCAUAUUGACAUUCAUAAAUAUGGUUAUUCAAGUGUAAAAAUUAUGUUGUAG